AAGAGAAAAAUGAAGACAAGACAUUUUGAAGUGGUCACCAUGCUGCUGUCAGCUAUGAUUCUAAUGGAUAUCUUCCAGGUGAAGGCUAAUAUGUUAGACAUGGCAGAUAAUGCAUUUGAUGAUGAAUACCAGAAAUGUACUGACAGGAUGGAAAUCAAAUAUGUUCCCCAACUGCUCGAGGAAGAAAAAGCAAGCCAUCAGCUUUUGGAGGAUGUGUGGGAAAAUGCAAAAGCCAAAUGGGAAGCUCGGAAGACUCGGCUCUUUCUCCCUGUGAAUUUUAAGGAUAACCAUGGAAUAGCCCUGAUGGCAUAUAUUUCUGAAGCUCAAGAGCAAACUCACUUUUAUAAUUUGUUCAAUGAAGCUGUGAAGAUGGCUGGCCAGUCUCGAAAAGAUUACGUCUAUGGCUUCCAGUUCAAAGCUUUUCAUUUUUACCUGACCAAAGCCCUUCAGUUGCUGAGAAGACCUUGUGAAGACAGUUACAAAAAUGUGGUGUAUAGCACAAGCCAGGAUACUUCAUUUACCUUUGGAGGGCUAAACCAGGCCAGGUUUGGCCAUUUCGCCCUGGCAUAUUCAGCUAAACCUCAAACUGCAAGUGACCAACACAUUCUGCUAACCAUUCACACGUGCUUUGGAGUUACCACUGGGAAAUUUUUUGAUAAAGCAGAUGAAAGAAUUGUUUUAAUACCUCUGAAUGAGGUUUUUCAUGUGUCACAGGAUGGGGCUGGCAAUAACCUUAUCCUUCAAAGCACAAACAAGACCUGCAGCCAUUACGAGUGUGCAUUUCUAGGAGGACUAAAAACUACAAAUUGUGUUGAGAACAUGGAUCAUUUUCAACCCAUCUAUGUCUCCAUCCCUGGUGAUAAAAACCAGAAGCUUGAAGACCCUGGAAUCAAAAUACAGGAAUCUACUGUCUUACCUGGUAUGAAGAGCAAUGAACCCAUCCAAAUACCCGAGUAUAAGAGUCAAGAAGGUAUCAACAAUCCAGCUCCAGCUCCAGCUCCAGCUUCAGGUCCAGGUCCAGGUCCAGGUCCAGGUCCAGGUCCCAGAACCCAUCCCUCUGCAUCUUCUGGCAAAAUGCUCCUUCCGCCUUUUGGGACAUUCAUCAUUUUAAUCAGUACUUCUGCAGUGUAUCUCUUUGUUACUCUCUAGUCAGAUAUAUUCUUUAUUACUUAAAAUGCAGUACAGGGAUCCCAUAGGAAAUGAUCAAAAAAGAAUGUUACAUUUUUCACUUGUUGGCCAAAGUUAGUUGAUAAAAUGAGAACUGCAUAUAUUAUUCACUUUGCAAAUCCAUCAAGUUUGUCCAGUUAUGUUGUAGAAUUGUUUUCACUUAUUUGUAUAUUAAUUUUAUUGCAAAAGUGUAUAUUUCUGAUUGAAUUCAAUAAAAGACUUUAAGAUUAUUAGAUACAAUUUCAGUAGAAUUGCCAAUACUAAAGUAUCCAGUGUUAGUGGUUACCAUGAAUUUAAUUCCUAAAUUAGAUCAGGUGGGGGGUUUUUUCUUAUUUUUUAAUUACAGUUUAUAUUCAAUAUUAUUUUGCAUAUUAGUUUCAGGCGUACAGCAUAGUGGUUAGACAGUCGUAUACUUUAAAAAGUGGUCCCCAAGUAUGGCAGUGUCCUCAGUCCUCAGAGGCUGUGGGCACUCGACGGGGAAGCGGAUCGCUGGUGCCCAGGCUGCUGAGCUCUCGCUGCCUGCUUUUGCGCAGCUCGGCCGCAGGGCGCGCAGCUUGUGGGG